AUGAGUAAAAAUUGCGAAGCAGAAAACGCCGUUGAGGAAAUUUACCUGUCCUCGAUCAGGAAAGCACAAGAAAAUAUAGAAAUUAGUAAACACCAUUUAAAAGGUGACAAGAGUAAAAAAAUAAGUUUCAAGGACUGCGAAUUUGCAAUUAAAAAUCACACAAAUGAAAUGACCAAGCUCGUGAAGGAGGCUAGUUUAAUAAGGGGUGCAACAAGUAACAGCAUUAAAGAUUAUUACGAUUGGCUAGUUAAAUGUGAUGGGCUUAUUAGAAAUUUAUCAUACGAUGAUAUAAAUAAAAAGAUACAUGAAAUGUUCAACGCAGUUAUUGUCGAGAUAAAUAGUAGGUGCAAACCUGUACUUUUGUAA